AAACUUUGGCAACAUCUGACCACGGAGAUGUUUGCUUUUCCAUCUGUUGAUGUGCUUUUGGGGAGCUCCCCAGCCUGCCAGAGAAAACACAUUUAGAAGAAGCGUGACGCCCAAUCUCAGCCAUUCCCCUGGGUCCCCAAGCCCCGGCAGCCCCCAGAGAGGGGAAGGCGCAGCCAAGGAGCAAACAGAGGAGCGCGUGGCGCCCAGGCUCCGGCGGCUCCCAGAGAGCGGAGAGGGAGCGCCAGGGACCCGGGCACCGUGGGUCAGGACCAGCGUGCGCCCCGGGGGGUUGACAGACGCUCCUCAUCUCCGCAGCGUGCAUUGCUAGGGAGCGGGCAGGGGCGAUGGCUCACUGACCCCAGCGCGCGCCCACCGCAGUAGCAGGCGCUGGGGCUCUCCCGGCCAGCACCUAGAGCAUUCGGCUCACCACGAGCGGCUCUUCGGGGACAGCGCGUGGAGCGGCCGGGGAAGGGACACCCGCUGCGUGGGGCGCGGGUGCCGGACUGUGCGGUCGGCCUCCCGGGACCCCUCUGGACGCCACCGGCGGAGCCAUGACCGACGCCAGCAACAGGAAGGAGGGCUUCAAAAAAUGCCGGAGUGCCACUUUCAGCAUUGAUGGCUACAGCUUCACCAUCGUUGCAAAUGAAGCCGGAGACAAGAAUGCCAGACCCCUUGCGCGCUUCUCCCGCUCCAAGUCACAGAACUGUCUGUGGAACUCCCUCAUCGACGGGCUCACGGGGAAUGCCAAGGAGAAGCCACGCCCGACAAUUGUCCACGACCCACGACCACCCGAGGAAAUCCUGGCUGAUGAAUUGCCGCAGCUGGAUAGCCCGGAAGCCUUGGUGAAGACAUCCUUCAGGUUACGGUCUCUGGUGAAACAGCUGGAAAGGGGGGAGGCCUCGGUGGUGGAUCUGAAGAAGAAUCUGGAAUAUGCAGCCACGGUGCUGGAAUCUGUGUACAUUGAUGAAACCAGGCGACUCCUGGAUACAGAGGACGAGCUCAGUGACAUCCAGUCGGAUGCCGUGCCUUCCGAGGUCCGAGACUGGCUGGCCUCCACCUUCACCCGGCAGAUGGGCAUGAUGCUCAGAAGGAGUGAGGAGAAGCCCAGGUUCAAGAGCAUCGUCCACGCAGUGCAGGCUGGGAUAUUUGUGGAGAGAAUGUAUAGACGGACAUCAAACAUGGUUGGACUGAGCUACCCACCAGCAGUUAUUGAAGCAUUAAAGGAUGUGGACAAGUGGUCCUUUGACGUCUUUUCCCUCAAUGAGGCCAGUGGAGAUCACGCACUGAAAUUCAUUUUCUAUGAAUUACUCACACGCUAUGACCUGAUUAGCCGUUUCAAGAUCCCCAUUUCUGCCCUUGUCUCAUUUGUGGAAGCCCUGGAAGUGGGAUACAGCAAGCAUAAAAAUCCUUACCAUAACCUGAUGCACGCGGCUGACGUGACGCAGACUGUGCACUACCUCCUCUACAAGACAGGAGUAGCGAACUGGCUGACGGAGCUGGAGAUCUUCGCUAUCAUCUUCUCAGCUGCCAUCCAUGACUAUGAGCAUACUGGAACCACGAAUAACUUCCACAUCCAGACUCGGUCUGACCCCGCCAUCCUCUACAAUGACAGAUCGGUGCUGGAGAACCACCACUUGAGUGCAGCCUACCGCCUCCUGCAAGAGGACGAGGAGAUGAAUAUUCUGAUCAACCUCUCCAAAGACGACUGGAGAGAGUUUCGGACCUUGGUCAUCGAGAUGGUGAUGGCCACCGAUAUGUCUUGUCAUUUCCAACAAAUCAAAGCCAUGAAGACUGCCCUGCAGCAGCCAGAAGCGAUUGAAAAACCAAAGGCCUUAUCCCUGAUGCUGCACACGGCGGAUAUCAGCCAUCCCGCGAAAGCCUGGGACCUGCACCAUCGCUGGACAAUGUCCCUUCUGGAGGAGUUCUUCAGACAGGGUGACAGAGAAGCUGAGCUGGGGCUGCCCUUUUCUCCUCUGUGUGACCGGAAGUCGACCAUGGUUGCUCAGUCACAAGUAGGUUUCAUCGACUUCAUCGUGGAGCCCACCUUCACUGUGCUCACAGACAUGACUGAGAAGAUUGUGAGUCCGUUAAUUGACGAGACAUCCCAAACCAGUGGGACGGGGCAGAGACGUUCAAGUUUAAACAGCAUCAGCUCAGAUGCAAAGCGAUCAGCCGUGAAGAGCUCUGGGUCGGAAGGAAGUGCCCCCAUCAACAGUUCUGUCAUCCCUGUCGACUAUAAGAGCUUUAAAGCCACUUGGACGGAGGUGGUGCACAUCAAUCGGGAGCGAUGGAGGGCCAAGGUGCCCAAAGAGGAGAAGGCCAAGAAGGAAGCGGAGGAAAAGGCUCGCCUGGCUGAGGAGAAGCAAAAGGAAAUGGAAGCCAAAGGCCAGGCUGAAGAGGGCGCAUCUGGCAAAGCAGAGAAAAAGACAUCUGGGGAUGCCAAGAAUCAAGGCAGUGGAACUCGCGCAAACAAAACUGACAACCCUCGUGGCAAGAAUGCCAAAGCCGAGAAGACCUCGGGAGAAAAGGCACAGAAUGGUGACUUGAAAGACAGUAAAAAUAAAACAGAGAAGAAGGACCACUCCACCGUCGGAAAUGAUUCAAAGAAAACAGAUGGAAUAAAGCGGCAUUCUCAUGGCUCACCAGCCCCAAGCACUAACUCUACAAGUCGUCUCACCUUGCCAGGAGACUACGGAUAAGAAAAUCCAUCCAGAGGACUCCUCAGAAGAAACCUGAUCAACUCCAAGUUCAGAAGACAUUUUAGGAAGCUUAUGUUGGUUUUUGUAAAAGAUUAUGCAUAUUUUUAAGUUAUUAACCUCUAAACUGAGGACUUCGAUUCUCCUUAAUAUGGGGUUUUAGCAGAUACCUUGCUGUAUAUUGCGUAUCUAUGAACAUCAGGGGAGAUGCUAGGCUCUUAACAUUAUCUCAUUGAAUCCUCACAGCAACUUUCAAAAGGAAGAUACUAUUACCUCCAUUUCGUCAACUAGGAAGUCGAGGCAUGAACAGAUCAAUGGCUUCCUCUAAAUUGGCAGAUAGCAGGCGACAGGUCUGUGCCAUUUGCUGUGGGAUUCAUUGCCAGUGAGUAUGAAGCAGAAGAGUCCGUGCUGCAGCUUCACUCCCGUUUUCUGCUUGGGGAUGAGCUCAGCUCCCCAAGCACCAGCUUCAAGUACACAGUCCGGGUGUGGAGGGGCUCUGCCCGGUCUGCAGUCUUUCAGCAAUGUCACCAUCUCAGGGAUGGCAGGCUUCGCCUACUCAGAACUGCAUCAAAGCUUAUUUGCUACUCUGACUUAGCACCCCGCAGGGCUCUAAGCCGGAGGAAUUGAUCUUCACAGGCCUCUAGUGAUAUUGGUCCCCGCUAGUGUAGACUACUGAGUAGCCUAAGCUUCCAAUCUUCACAUGCCCACAUGGGAAGAUGCACAUGUUGAGGAGACGAAGCCAGCUCCAGACUUAACUUGCUGUCAUCUCAGACUAUUCUCCAUUGAACCAGCAUGAAGCACGCAGUUUAGGCAGGCCAGGGCAGACAGAAUGAGAACUACAAACUAUAAUACAAAAGAGGAAUAUUUUUCAUUCUUCAUUUCCUCAGUAUUAGGCCCUCGGGUCCCAGACACCUGACCAGGUAGAGAGCCGAUUUUUUUGGUUUCACUAGGUUGUCUCUUUUCCCUGUCUCGUACUCAGGGAAGGCAGAACCCUACCUCAGUGCCUCUGUUGGGAAGCAUGGAUAAGUGAGCCAAGGUCGUCAUGUUUCAAUAAGAACAAAGAUCUGCUCAGGCCCCGACUUGAGGAAAGGGACUUGCUGACAUUCUUAAACAAGGGCAGCAAGUCUAGUUAAAGAUGUUGCUGCUGAAACAGAAGUAUUUGGAGAUUGGUUCUCUGGAGUAGCAGGUAAAGCCACCACCUGCAGUGCCAGCAUCCUACAUGGGUGCCGGUUUGUGUCCCAGCUGCUCCUCUUCUGAUCCAGCUCUCUGCUAUGGCCUGGGAAAGCAGAAGAUGGCCCAAGUCCUUGGGCCCCUGCAUCCAUGUGGGAGACCUGUGGCUUCAGAUCGGUGCAGCUCUGGCUGUUGCGGCCAACUGGGGAGUGAACCAGUUGAUGAAGACCUCUCUGUGCCUCUUUCUCUCUGUGUAACUCUGAGUUUCAAGUAAAUAAACCUCUUAAAAAUUUGGCUUGGAAGAUUCCAGUCAAUUCUGCCAGCUGGUAUAUAUAAUAAGUGGUUCAUUUGUUCUUUAGUAAAUGGGAGGUUUUUGAAGUUUACCUAGAGUGAUGUAGUUUGUUCACUCAUUUAAAUAUUUCUCAGCACCACCUGUUGCCAGUGCUCAAGUUCUGAGGUUGUAAGUGUGCAUAUACACUGUUCCUGUUCUCGUGACAUUAAGAAUUUUCCAUGUAAUAAGUCACAAAGCAGAUGUAUCUAUAAGACCAGGGAACCAAAGGUUCAAGAAUGGCUUCCAAAGUGACUCCAGUUACUAUGCCUUGCAAAGUGAAAGCCAGAGCCUUAAGCAGAACUAUCCUUGGGAUUUUCCUGAUCUACUUACAGUUUCCCAAUUACUUUCAGGUUAGAAUUCAGGAACUGUAACUCCUAUCAUGGUUUGUUGUGCAAGUCACACUUCCUGUUGGGAUUACUAGUGCUCUUCUGUCUCUUGGCAUGGCUCAAGGUGACUGAAUGCCUGUAUUUUCACAUCAUUUGCAUCAUUCAGAACAAAGAAUGUUUGUAUUCUGCUUGGGAAGGCACUUGACUUAAGCUAUUUGAUGGAUCCAUUUCGCUGAAGUGUGAAAAAUUUAUCUUUAUGGUUUUCCAGAAAUAAACACUUUGGAUAAUUAGUCUUUGUGAAUCAAAGUAGUAUGUUCUCUGCCAAAUAUUGACAAGUAAAUCUAAGUUAAUCUUGGUUGUAUGGCGAGAUUUUUCAUGUAGUAAAAUUCAGUUGUGUGGGGAAUUACAUGACUUUGCAUGACAGUGAAGCCUACAGACAGGGCACCGCUACAAGGCAUUUGUAAUGACCUCUCAUCUUCCUGUGCUUUGUUACAGUCAUGGUAUUCCAAGUACCUGUGACAUACUAGACACCACACGAUGUACCAGACACAUUUUCUCAUCUGUGAGCCAUUAAAGGUCUUUACAACCACCACACAGGUUACUAUCUUCCCCAUUAUACAGAAGGCAGACAGACAUUGAGUGCCAGUGUGGAUUACUCAUUUCCCUAGAGCUCACAGCGGGUAAUAGCACAGCCCCUGUCUUGUCAUACCACUACCUGCCUCACUCAGGAGAGCCUAUGAAUGUUUACUUUUAUCUGUCAGAUUUUGGUACAUGGCCAAGGGUUGGUAACUCUUAGCCAACAGGUAAAGGAGCAGGUCUGAACACACUGACCAGAACCCAUUAUCAGCAGCUUCAGGCAUCCCUGUAAACCUAUAUAAUCAUGUGUCAUUUAAUAAUGGGGAUAUGUUCUGAGAUACAUUAGUUGAUUCCAUCAUUAUACAAUCAUUACAGAUAGCACUUGUACAAACCUAGAUGGUUUAACCUACUAUACAUCUAGACUGUAUGUUCUUUGCUAUCAUAGUUUGCCAGUGACCCAGAUACAUGGCACGUGACUCUACUGUAAGCCAAUUCAUUCACAAACUCAUUCCAACAUAGUGGUUCUCAAUCCCAAGCACAGUUAGGAUCAGUUGUAUUUCAAACAUACUAGUGCUUGGGCUCCUCUCCAAAAGGACUAAUUCAGACACUUUGAGGUGAAUAGCCUGGGCAUCAGUACUUUGUAAGUCUCCCUGGAUGAUCCCAUGUGCAUUCAGGGCUGGUACUUACAGGCAGAUGGUUGAGGUGGAUGAAGGACAGAACUGUAUGGUUUAUUUACGGACACAUUCUCAAGGGGAUCUGGAAGUGCUUCCCAGGUGAUCUUUCCAUACCAGACCAAUGGUGGCUUGGUUCAAGCUCAAUCAACUGGGCUCCUGUUGGUCAAGUUCAGAGCAUAGGCUUCCUGCUUCCUACUUCCAGCCCUUGAACUUUGUACUGAGAUUAAAAAAAGUGGAAACUGUAGAGGGAUCUCCUUGAAGAGCCAUCGUUAAGAUAUAGAUAAUGGACUUAAUCAUUUCAGGUUUUAAUAUGAAACACAUCUCAAAGAUUUUAAGGCUAGAUUUAUCACCUUAGACAACCUUAUAUCUAAUGUGCAUGGUUUAAGAGUAAUUUUCUGUUUCAGCAAACAUUGCCUUUCUACAAAGGAAGGGAUUCCUAUCAACAUGACUUCAUUAAUGUUUUUUGCCUUUCAGGGGAACAAAUGAAUUCCAUAGUUGGAAAAGGAUGCUGCUACUGAAUUGUUCUGGCAGUUGCAAAUCUCCCAGAUUAUUCCCAAAACACAGGGUCUUCAUCUCAGCAAAGGGAUGACAACUAUAUUGAGUGAGCACUACUAUGUGCCAAGCAAUGUGCUGGCUGCUGUCACAGGCAUAAGUUUUCAUUCUCACGACAGACCUCUGAAGGGGGUGUCAUUAUCUACAUUUUUAAAGACAGGAACUGAAAUGAGGUACCCAUGUAAAGAGAAAGCUAGAACUCAAUCUGGCUAUCUUCCAAGGAUGGUGGGAACUGCACCCAAGAUAAUGGAUUGAAGAUGAGGAAGAGGUUUAGAGGUUGAAGCACUAUCUGGCGUGGUGGAAUUAUCUGGUGAGCUUUAAGAGCUCCUGCGGUCUCAGUCCCAUCCCCACAGGUUCUGCUGUCAAUGCUCCAAGAUAAAACUUUCACACCAGGAUUUAAGAACUCCCCACAUGGUUCUCAGAUCUUAUUGAAGGCAGGGUUGAUGAUCACUUAAAUAACAUUUUCACCUAAACUCCUUGAGUUCAGACUUGAGUGUCUCUUCUCCAUCACCUAGACUUUUGGAAUACCUGUUAGCAUUCCAGGUUGGCCCAGAUCAGUGAAGAUAUGAAGGCAGUAAUUUAACAGACCUUCUAAUAGGACACUCAUUUUUUUCCUGAGUCAUUACCACAAAGUCAUUACUUCAACUCAGCCCAUUUCCUCACCCAGAAAUGGGGUCACAGUGAUGCUUGUGUUGCAGGAGCAUAGUGAUUAAGUGCUAGUUCAUCUUAAAUUCUUAGCCUUGUACCUAGUACAACAAUGCAUUUUUUUAAGCAACCAUAGUGGAUCCUGAAAUGAAAACCACAGGGCUCAGUUCUUAUGUUCUGUCCUCAAUGGCACUGAAGUUAACAUUGGAAUUCAUAACUUAGGUGACUUCUGUGCAUUUUUAUAAGGGCUCUCCACACGAUUAAGCCAAUAUCACAAGUAGAUACUUGUUUUUAGCAGAUUUUAGGCAUAAAUGACAGGAAUAUUUCUUAUUCAUGUAAAACAUUUAAGUAGCAAUAAAUUAUCUUGUUUAGUGUCUGUACAGGUAGAAAAUAGCUAUUGAUGGAAAUGUUUUCAAAAGGUCACAUUUCAUGAUGCUAUAUUUGAAUGAACAGAUGCCCAACACUUCAAGAUGCUAAUAUUAGCAUUUAUUCAGAAGCUAACAAUAGGCCAAGAUGUUACCAUUUGAGGGGAUGCCGUGUUAGAGAUUGAGAAGUUCACUACUUGAAUAUGCCAUUGCACUGCGGCUUGGUGGUUCCAGUGAUCACCUUGAAGUUCUUUCAAAGAACCAGAAGUCACAUUUAACUUCAGGGAAUUAGGCCAGAUUCAAAUGUAGAUGGGAACUAGUGACUCUUCAGUCUUGCUCUUGGGUAAGAACAAGGGUAUAUUGAGAGGAUGGCUUAGGAUUUGGAAAAAUAAUAAAUUACAUCAGAUACCAUAAGUGUUUUCUGUUCAACACUAUUAAAUGCUACUGAUAAAGGGAAUCUUCAAGUAAAAUCGAGAAAAGCUACAGUCUAUUGGCUGUUCUCACAAUAUAGAUCACCAUCAUCUAAGGCAUCAAGUUCUGGUGAGAAGAUCCUAACUUGAACUCAGUUCAAGUCGAGACUGGAAGCCCUCCCUCUCCUCAAAUCUAUUGCACACUUUUUUCAAGAGUGCUUUGGGAAACAGACCGAUAAGUCGUAAACAAAACUUUUGAGCCCCUCAUUUAUGUUAGAAUACCCAAACACAACUAACUCGUAUUAGUUUGUUGAGUAAUAAUUUUUCUGUAGAAAGAUAACUCUGUAUAAUAUCUUCCCAUGCCAAGAAAAAGCAGCCAUCAAGUACAAGGGAGUAAAAGAAAUUCAAGGUAGUGGUAACAGGAUAAGGGGCAGAGAGUCAGGAAUAAUGGCAAUUCAUGAAAGUGAUGAGUGUAAGUAGAUGAGAACUCUUAGGAUCUUUUACUUGAAAAAAAUGCAUGUAGUUAUAAGGAUACAAUGAUGUUUUAAUUUGUCUUGAGCUGUCUUUUCCUAGUUAUAUUUGAUAAUGAUUUUCCCAAGUUCAGUUUCUAGGCAGAGAUAUGUGCCUUAGUCAAAGUCUUCAUUAGCUAAAUAGAUUGUCUCCAGUUAAUCACCGAGAUGAGAUAGACCUGUUGAACGUGUCUUCAAAGGGAAGAAGUGUUCAACUUGAUAAGUAUGGGGUAGGGGUUCAGGGCCCUGUCCUAGCUUGGUUGUUCUACACCAGGGAGGGAAGUUGUACUACUGGUUGGGCCCGGCUGUGAGUAGUACCCAUUCAUCGUCAGGAGGCUGAGAUCCAAUACAUCAGGAAUUACCAGAGGGCAAACAGGAAUACCCCAGGAGUUCACACUCGUACAAGUUCAAGAUGGUGCCUUCUUCCUGGCUCUGCUGUUGUGCCCCGUCAUCACAGCACAUUCUUCUGCAGAUGGGAGAGGCCAGGAAUGCAUACAGAGUAGCACAGUAUGAAAUUUUCCCUUUUCCCAUGUUUUGAGCAAGAGUGACAGCAGGUAUAUAAGUAUUCCCACAAUCUCGCUGGGGAGCGGAUCUCUAAUCAGCAGGUUCAACUCUAUUUGCAGCAUCUUCAAUGGCAAGGAGAGUUUCUAUUCUGACAGUCAGGAUUCUAAGCAAAUGGCAAAUGUUUCUUCAUGCUGAGAUGUGAGGAAUUCAAUAAUACUUUGGCUGGAUUCAUGCUGAGUAGAGAAAAUAGAAUGAAUAUGGAGAGGGACUGACUUUGAAGAGCAGUAAAUCAGGUAGCCCAGGCAAUUCCAACAAUCUUUCAUCUGAAGUGUGCUCUCUCCUCACUAUAUCCAGGUAAUAGUACUGUUUAUUCCUAAAGAGUUUGGGGCCAUAAUCUCUUGUUUACCUAGAAGAAACCCCAAUUAGGUACUCCCAGAUCUUCAACUCCGUUCUCCUGGAUUAUGGAAUAUAUACAAAGUCAAAAUAGGGCCUUGUGCUGAAUGUGUUUACUAUACUUUGCAAAUUAGAAGGCCAAGUUGGUGUGGGUAUUAAAGAGCUUGUAGUCAUAGCACAUCUUACACAUGAAAAUGUUUCUUCAAGAGAUUUGCAAAUUUGAGGGUAUUACUAGAAUAGAAACCUCACUAGGACAAGAAUUUGCUCCCUUCAAUGCUAGCUCAGCAGUACCCAGCAGGUAUUCAAAGUCAAUGAAUAAAUAUGCCUAUUAGUCUGGAGGCUGUAAAAAAGUAUUCUGCUAUUGAGAUGUCUAUAUUAACACAAAAUGAACAAUUCUACCAACUAUUAGGUGUGAUUUGUAGAAUAGUUCCAAUGAUCCUUAGAGAAUUACAUACUUAGAGUGAUCAUAGAAAAAUUAUAGACAAAAGAAAAUGUUUAUGCUACUCAGAAGUAACCACUGCUGAGCUUAUGAAAGUAUUUCAGGUUUUCCUAUACAUGUGCUUAUUACUAGUAAUGAUCAUAUGUACUGCUUUUAACAGUAUUAUACAACUUUGUUGAUAUCUAUACCAUCUAUAGUGUCAGGUUUAUAUUUUAAGAAUUUACCCCAAAUUAAUUUAUUCUUAUGAUUGUAUAUUUAAGUUGUUCCUAGUGUUUUGCUUUAUCAUGGACACUAUGCUUAAAUGUGCCAUUGGAAGAUUUUUCCCACAAAGGUGGCCUCAGGGAUUUGACCCAUCUGUCCAACUGGCCCAUUUGUGCAUCACCAUCCUUCCUUAACUUUUUACAUGGCAUGGUCUCCAGCAAGAGCUAGUGUUGGGGUAACUAGUCAACCCUAACAUGGCUGUCACAGCUUUCACCUAGUUAUAUCUGCUCUAUCUUCCAUGUGUUGUAACUGGUUGUGGAUCUUUAUUCCUAUUUACAAUCAUCUCACUGAUCAGGAGAGCUGGUGUAGGUCUACAGCAGAAGUACUGGAGGGAGGAGGAGUUAGAUAGUCUCCAACCUGCAUUUUUGUGGGCAGAAGACAGAUGAUACGUGCAUGGUUUCCUGAAGUUCCUACCUUUAGUCAGAUAUCCCAGUUGUUCCCUGGUGACUUUCCCUUCCAGUGUUGCUUCAUAGUGAUCCCCCCAGGUCCCCUUUGACUGUGAUGGUUGCCCAGACAUCCCUUGUUUUUGAUGACCUUGAGGAAUGCCCUUCAACUGGGAUAUAUGUGAUAUUAUAGUGAGGUUGUAUGUUGUACAGAGACCACAGAGGUAAAUGUUAGUUUUCAUCAGUACUAUCCAAGGUACGUCCUACCAACACUUUUGAUAUCAACCUUGGGCUCCUGGGUGGGGUCAUGUUGAUUCUUUCACUGUAAGCUACUCUCUUGCUUCCUUCUUAGACAUACUUCUUUGGAAGGACAUUAUUACAACCAGCUCAUGCUAAGGGCUCCCCCUUCCUUGAAGAGGGUACAAAUAUGUAGGUCUCUUAUGCAGAAUUCCAGGUAGCUUGUCUAUUAUCCUACAUUCACUCGUUGAUAUCAGGAUGGACUCAGAUAUUUUAUACUUUGGCUUAUAAUACAACACUGCCUUAUUUAUCUUAUUGUUCAAGUUGUCCAAGCUUUGGCGUUUCAGUUCUUUAUUCAGGAUUCAUUUAUCAUUGUGUACAUGUGUUUGCUUUUUAGUACUUUUGUAUAUUUUGUACUUUAGUCCUAGAGUCAGUCAUUCUUACAAGGAGCCCCAUUUCCUAAAAAUAUAUGAAAGUUGGAGUUACACAGGGCGGGGCGGGGGGGGUGGUUCUCCACCUGCUGGCUCACUCCAAUUGGCUACAGUGGCUGGAGCUGCGCCAACCCAAAGCCAGGAGCCAGGAGCUUCUUGGUCUCCCAUGCGGUUGCAAGGGCCCAAGAACUUGGGCCAUCUUCUACUGCUUUCCCAGGCCACGGCAGAGAGCUGGAUUGGAAGUGGUGCAGCUGGGACUUGAACUGGCACCCAUAUAGGAUGCCAGCACCAUAGGUGGCAGCUUUAUCCACUAUGGGGCUGGCCUCAUACCUAUUUCCUUUUAUUGGAGUGGUAUUAAAUAACUUAUCAUUAGGUAUGCUUAUUGCUAUUGAAGCUUCUGAGGCUAUAAUCAUUUCCCUCACUUUGAGACCUCUUCAGCAGACAGAACAAGGAAGUAUGUGUAUACUAAUGUGUGCAUCAUUAAGUAUUUGUAUAACUGCCUAUCUGUUAAGCUAUAGGCAAAUCCAUACAACUCCAAGUCUAAUCCAGUACCACAGCUCAUUCCAGCCUCCUCUGUAUCUAUACUCCCAUGCCCAUCAUUCUUAUCAACUCUCCACUUAGAUUCUUGAUCAAUUCCAGUGUGUGUAGAGUGGUGUUAGAGUUCUUAAGCUGUACCCCUCCCCACCCCAAAACAAUUUGAUCAACUAGAAUACACUAUUCUAUGUGCAGAGUUUUCCCCCUGACUUACAGAUUCCAGAGUUACUUAGGUGACCAUUGCACUACCUUCCUCCAGGAGGUCCUUUCCUCUAUUUGUGAUGCAGUUUGGUUGUGUUUUAGCCAUUUUGAAUUCUGGUAUUUCUAGGACCUCCUAAAUAGUGUUUUAUUUCUGUUCAUUAGGAAUCUCUCCUUGUGCUACAAAGGCAUAUGGAUUUUGAGGUGUGUAGUGCUGUGUAUCUACCACUAUGGUAUCAUAUGGAAUAGUUUCAGUGCUUUACAAAAGCCUCUAUCACCUGCAAGGAUACAUCAGAAAAUCCAUUAUGAAAGUUGAUUCUGAUGAAAAAAGUUUUAAGUGCGUAUUUUUCAUAUUAUGCAUUAGCCAUGAAUCUUUGAGGUCUCCUUGUAUACAUACUUUUGUUUUGCUUACAAACAUCUUAGUUCUAUUUUCCAUAAAAAUCUUGAAGUACUUAUAUUUAAGCAUUCUUCCUUCAUCCAAAACACCAUCUUUUGUCAUCCUAUAGUUUUUGUCCUUUCAAGAGCAUCACACAGGGGCUGGCCUUGUGGAAUGGUGGGUUAAGCCGCCGCCUGCAACGCCAAUAUCCUAUGUGGAUGCUAGCUCAAGCCCCAGCUGCUCCACUUUCAAUCUAGCUUCCCAAUAAUGUGCUGGGAAAGCAGGACAAGCCCUUGGGCCCCUGAAACUCACGUGGGAGACCUAGAAGUAGUUCCUGGAUUUGGACUGGCCCAGCACCAGCUGUUGUAGCCAUUUGAGGUAUGAACCAGUGGAUGAAGCUCUGUCUCUCGAACUCCCUUUCAAAUAAGAAAAAAAAUAGAAGCUUGGGGGGCUGGUGCUGUGGUAUAGUAGGCUAAGCCCCAGCAUCCCAUAUGGUUGCCAGUUCAGGUCCCAGAUGCUCUGCUUAGGGCCCAGCUCUCUAUGGCCUGGGAAAACAGAAUAUGGCCCAAGUGUUUAGAUCCCUGUAACCUGUGUGGGAGACCUGAAAGAAGCUCCUGGCUUCAGAUCAGCCCAGCUCCGGCCAUCACAGCCAUUCAGGGUGUAAACCAGUGGAUGGGAGACUUUUGUCUCAUCUGUGACUCUACCUCUAAGAAUUUAAGUGUCACAUAAAUGUAAUCAUAUGUUAUAUAACCUUUACAGACUGACCUCUUCCACUUAUUAGUAGGGUGGGGCUCUAAUGAGUUUGUGGGGGAAAAAACCCUAGAACAUAAGGAUUUGAACUCUGGGGCUGGCAGAGCGGCAUAGCUGAUUAAACUGCUACCUGCAAUGCCAGCAUUUCAUAUGAUGCCAGUAUUUCCUAUUAGAGGGCCAAUUAGAGUCCCAGAUGCUCUGUUUCAAGUCUAGCUCCCUGCCAAUGUGUCUAGGAAGGCAUGAGAUGGCCCAAGUGCUUGAGUCCCUGCUACCAUUGUGGGUGCAAUGGCCCAAGUGCUUUCCUCCACUGCUUUCCCAGGCCAUUAGCAGGGUGCUGGAUUGGAUGUAGAGCACCCGGGACUCAAGCCAGUACCCAUAUGGGAUGCCAGCAUCACAGGUGACAGCUUAACUCACUAAGGCACAACACUGGGUCUUGUUUUUCCAAUUUUAGCUUUGUAUAGGAAUAUCAGUAUCUUUGUUGAUCUAGUUCACAAUUCCACAAUGAUAAAAAUUGUCGGGUACCUUAUCCUGUGCUUGACAUGUUUAUCUUUGACCCGUGUAUGCAUUGGUUUCAGAGUUGUUUUAGAUGGGUCUUGAAAAUUCAGUGAUAUCCUUGUCAGAUUGAGCACCACUAUCCAAAACCAAGUUCCUACAUAUGAUGCCAAGUGCUAACCAUGACUGAGGACUCCAUUUUGCUUUACAGGUCCCAGAGGUGACCCUAGUGUCACAUCAUGCUUCUUUAACCCUUUCUAUGCUAUGUAUUUGGUCAUUUGUUGUCUUUAAGUGACUGAGGCGAUAGUGGGCUUAUUCAUCUAUUGGUAAUUCAAUACACACUGUUUAAGAGGAAGUUGCCCAGAAUUCUUAAGUCAUGCCAUGCCAUUGCUGAGGCUGAUGGUUUUUUUGUCUUUCUCUCUGGUGUCCAGUCAUCAAGCCUCCUCUGCGUCACUUUAAACGCCCUGCUUAUGCAUCCAGCUCCUACGCACCUUCAGUCCCAAAGAAGACUGACGAGCAUCCUGCAAGGUACAAGAUGCUAGAUCAGAGAAUCAAACUGAAAAAGAUU